GAAACAGACAUGGCCUGUUGGUCCCAAGCAGUACGACAGACCAGGAGCUUCAACACAUCCGCAAUAGCCUUCCAGAUUCUGUACGAAUUCAACGAGAAACAGAUUUACGAGUAGAAGAGCGUCUUUCAGCACUGGGCAAUGUCACUACCUGCAAUGACUAUGUAGCUCUUGUUCAUCCGGAUCUUGACAGGGAGACAGAAGAGAUCUUGGCAGAUGUACUGAAGGUUGAGGUUUUCAGACAAACGGUAGCAGAUCAGGUGCUGGUAGGAAGUUACUGUGUUUUUAGUAACCAAGGAGGAAUUGUGCACCCCAAAACUUCAAUUGAUGAUCAGGAUGAACUGUCUUCAUUGCUCCAGGUCCCGCUUGUGGCUGGAACAGUGAAUCGUGGCAGAGGGCAGGUUGUAAAUGACUGGUGUGCCUUCUGUGGGCUGGAUACAACCAGCACUGAGCUCUCUGUCAUUGAGAGUAUCUUCAGGCUGAAUGAAGCUCAGCCAAGUACCAUUGCUACCAACAUGAGAGAUUCCUUGAUUGACAGCUUGACAUGAGCAUUAAUGGUUCCUACUUUCCAGAAGGCUCCUAAGGAGUGAAGUGUCAAGCUGCACUUUGGAUUACAGACAUCUAGACCUUCUGGUGUUGUUUCUGCAGGCCUAGCCCAAGGAAGAGGCUACAAACCCAACUUUUUGUAGUGUUUUGUAAACUAUUAUUACAAAAACUGACAAAUAACAUAUAUAAGUUACAAAUAAGGAAUGCUCUCUAUCCUUUUGCUGA